AUGGCUGACAAAGAAGCGCCAAGCGGCUUCAUACCUGGCAGAGCGGAGGCUACAGCAGAGAAGCCGUCACCGCCAUCUGUGGCAGGCAGCAGCGAGCAGACGUUGCGCUCAGGAGACCCUGCUUCGCCCCGGCGCUCGCAUGAGCGCACGCGGAUCAGGAGAGCAGAGAAGGAUGGCUUGAUGAUGGCGGAGGAGAGGCGCGAGGACGAGCGAAGAAAGGCCAACAACAAGAGGAAAGAGGGGGCUAUAAGUCGACUGAUGGACUCGGAUCGGGUGAGCACGCACGGGCUUCAGGAAGGCUAUAUGCAGCCUAUCCCCCGCGAUGAGCUAGCUAGCUGAUUCUCAAGUACUGUAUGGGCCGACAUCCUUGUCAGGCAUUGGCAGACCUGUUAAUGCAGACUGCUGGCUCUCUCUCUGCACUUGUCACCAUCACCUCGGACGGGGAGAAGGCUCUAGCUGCGGGGAGUGAUAACGCAGAGCACCAAGCGCAAGCAGCUCGCGAUAGUCUGCCAUCCACCGCAAGCAGCGCUGAUCGCGUCAAGGUGUUCGAAGGUAGAGCAAGUCAGUGGUUUGCGACUUUGAAUGUGAGCAAGGAAGCCUGACCCAGGUGCUCCACAGGAAGGAGUCCGCGCUGACCAGCCCUCCUGCGAGCUUGUAGGACAUCCAAACUUCUCUAAGGACAGCAACCGCGACCUUGCGCGCAGAUGGCCGACCAGCCAUCUCGGAUGGAGUGAAUCUCUUUGGGCCAGGGAGCUCUUAUGCUGCUCGGACAGAGGCGGGGAGCGCAGGUCGUGGGCAUACGUUGCCUCUUCAAGGUGCAAUGAGCGGUCACAGGCCACGUAAAGAAGACAGAGAUGCCUCGCUAUCACUCGGCGCCCUGAGACUCCAGCAGCAGAGUUGGAGGCAGUUAAACGAUGCCCUCGAAGAAAUCGCCACGGGCUCCGCCCACCUUGAACCCGAUCAGCACCGCAUCGCCAGAAAUCGACCCUCAACUUCGGAGGAGCGGGUGGGGGAUGUCACUUCAAUCGUUCGCGAGCAUCAGCUUACGGCAGACGCCCGACUGAUAGGGGAACUCCUCGGCUCUACCAGCACACUUUUCCCUGACCAGAGCCCCAGCGAACAACACAAUACUGCCUCCGGCUCCGGCUCCGCGGCUUUAGCAUAG